AUGAGCUCCGACGAUAGAGAUCAUUACUGGUUCAACCAUCAUGAACACCACUCCUUCUGGCCUAAUCCUUCUACUUAUGACCGCAACAGCAAGAUCAUGCUCGCAGCGGUCGUCUCUUUAUCAGCAGUUAUCCUCUUCGUCUUCAUCCUCCAUCUCUACGCAAGAUUCGUUCUCCGCCGCCGUAGAGACACUUUCCGUGGCCUCCCCGUCGUUGUACGCCACCCUUUUCAGACCCCAAAACGUGGCCUAAACCCAACACUCAUCGCUUCUCUCCCUACUUUCACCGUUGGAGCCGUCGGUGAAGAGACGGCAGCUACUGAAUGUGCCGUGUGUCUAAGCGUGUUGGAGGAGCUAGACACGGCUAGAGAGUUGCCGAGCUGCAAACACGUCUUCCAUGUUGACUGUGUUGACAAGUGGCUCACCACUUGCUCCACGUGUCCUGUUUGUAGGACUGAAGUUCAGCCGAGGCCGAGACUUGAGCCUGAGCCAAGAGAGGGACCAGUGGGUGGUGACGGUGCCUCCUCACCACCCACUGCACCGCCGUUGUUCGACGACGUCAGGAUAAACUUGACAGCAGAAGCUGCUGCAUCUUCUUCGUCGGAUGACAAAACAGUUGUGUCGUCGGUUUCGAGGUUAGAUUCUUUUAGAAAAAUCUUGACAAGGGAAAGAUCUUCGAACAGGAUCAACCAUUCUUGUGUUGACCAAGAUCGUGUCUCCGACAACAAUGAAUCGAGAUAG